AUGAGCUCUGAUGAGGGACGAGGUGGAUGUAGUCCACCUGAGGUUUCUUCUAUCCCUCAGCUAUCAAAUGUAGGUUCAUCCUCUCCACUAUUGCUCGAUAGUCCUGUUUUUAUUAGCAACAACACAACUCCAAAUCCAGAAAUACAUGUGACUGAUCAAGGAACUGAAAAAACUCCAGUUGAGAAUGAAGGAACACAAGUGAAUGCUAUGGAGAAAAAUGUAAAAGAAGAAGAGCAAAAUAAAGGUGAUGAUGAAUUCCACAUUCCAAAAAGAAGUAAAACAUCACAAGUUUGGGAUGAUUUUGAAGAAAUUGAAGAAAAUGGCACAUUCUAUGCCACGUGCCCAGCUAAUGAGAUAUUUUCGACUUUACCGGCAUUACAUACUGGCAAGUUUGAUAUGGAGGCAAUGAGGGAGGCUGCUGCACAUUGGGUGUUAAUGCAUGAGCAUCCAUUCACUGUCUUGGAGGAAGAAGGUUUUAACAUCAUGAUGAGACGGGGAAUGCCAGAGUGGCAAAAGAUCUCUCGGGGAAUAGCAAAAAAUGAUUGUGUGACAGUCUAUGAAGUUGAAAAGAAGAAGUUGAAGAACAAGUUGAAGCAUGUGCAAAAACUUCAGAAGAGAGUUCUCAAUUUUGUUCAUAUACCACCACCUCGACGUGGGGUGGAGAUUGCUGCUGCAAUUUUUAAGUGUGCGAAGGAAUGGGAAAUUGAUCACAAGAUACAUACUAUAUCAGUCGAUAAUGCCUCCAAUAACGAUGUUGCUAUCCGACUUUUGAAGGAUGACUUCUCUAGAUCAAAAAAGCUGCUAUGUGGAGGCAAACUUUUUCAUGUUCGAUGUUGUGCACACAUCUUGAAUCUUGUGGUUCAAGAUGGCCUUUCCAAGAUAGUGGAUAUCACCAACAAUAUUAGGGAAAGUGUGGAAUUUGUCAAUCGCUCCAAGGGAAGAGCUUUGCUAUUUGCUGAGAUUGCCCAACAGCUCCGAAUACCAGGGAAAAAAUUGCUUUAUGAUUGUCGGACUAGAUGGAAUGCCACUUUCGAGAUGCUGAAUUGUGCCAUCAAAUUCAAAGAUGUUUUUCCCCGCUUUCAAGAUAGAGAGCCACAUUAUGAUUUUUGCCCAUCUCCUGAUGAUUAG